AUGGCUCCUGCGCUAUACAACCUCAGAGAAGUAUCUUACAGCUGCCUUUUUCCCCUUAAAACUGCGCGGGCUUUAUCUGGCCGCCUCACAUUAACUAUUGCUUAUACGCAUUCUCGAGGCUAUGUCCAUGGAGAUGUACAUCUCUGUAACAUUUUAAUUAAGCCCCCUUCAAACUUUGAUCAACUUUCAGUGGAACAACUUUAUGAAAAAUAUAGUGAGCCAGAGACUGAAGUGACUAUUACAAAAUGCAACCAAAAGCCGCUUCCACCCAACGUUCCAGAAAAAGCUGUGUUACCACUCUAUCUUGGAAAGAAUGCAGAAGAAUUUACCUUAUCCGAUACACACGUACUUCUCAGUGACUUUGGCGAGGCAUUUACCCCCGAAAAGGAUUUUCGUCGGGGGAAAGACUGCCACACCCCAUUAGCUAUGCGACCUCCAGAAGCACGAUUCGAAGCGCAGGCCCCGCUCUCGUAUUCAGCAGAUAUUUGGAGUCUAGCUGUCGCGAUAUGGGAGAUUCUUGGCAUGAAGGCGAUUUUCAGCAGCGAGUAUGCUUCUGCAGAUGAGGUGCUAUCCCAACAAAUUGAUGUUCUCGGGCCUAUGCCAUCAAGCUGGUGGGAGUCAUGGGAACAACGGGGUCAAUAUUUUAAUAAAUAUGGAGACCCAAAGGAAGGCUGGUAUGUUUGGCCUCGGAUUGAUGAAGCAUUCGAAGAAGGGGUGCAGAAAUAUCGACAUAAGAGUAGUCGAGUAAACGAGUUUGACAGGGAGGAAACAAUGGCCAUACUUGAUCUGAUUCGUAGGAUGCUGGUAUUCCGACCGGAAGACCGACCAACUGCAGAAGAAGUCCUAGAGUCUCAGUGGAUGGUUAAGUGGGUGUUGCCUAGCUUUAAUGGACGUAUGGCGAUGAAAUAG